CGCCGCGGAGCUGCUACUCGGCGCGUUUUGCAUGAAGAUGGCGGCUCCCACCGCCAGCAAGGCAGCCUCCCUGGGCUGUAACAACAAGCCCACGUUCCCGGAGCUGGAUUUCAGGUCGGGAGCUCGGGUGGAGGAAUUGAACAAACUCAUCCAAGAAUUCACGAAGCACGACCAGCGGGAAUAUGACGACCAGAGAGCGCUGGAGAUUCACACAGCCAAGGAUUUCAUCUUUUCCAUGCUGGGAAUGGUGCAAAAGCUGGACCAAAAACUUCCAGUGGCCAACGAGUACCUGUUGCUCUCCGGGGGAGUCCGGGAAGGCGUGGUGGACCUGGACUUAGAUGAGCUGAAUGUCUAUGCCCGGGGGACAGACUAUGAUAUGGACUUCACUCUUCUGGUGCCCGCCCUUAAGCUGCAUGACCGUAAUCAGCCUGUGACACUCGACAUGCGCCACUCGGCCUUGUGCCACUCUUGGCUGAGCCUCCGGCUCUUUGACGAGGGGACAAUCAGUAAGUGGAAAGACUGCUGCUCCAUCGUGGAUCACAUCAAUGGUGCCACCAACUACUUCUUCUCCCCAACCAAAGUGGCCGACUGGUUCUAUGACUCCAUCAGCAUUGUCCUAUCAGAGAUCCAGAAGAAACCCCAGCGAGGGAUGCCAAAGGUGGAAAAGGUGGAGAAAAACGGGACUAUCAUCUCCAUCAUUCUGGGAGUGGGGAGCAGUCGCAUGUUGUAUGAUAUCGUCCCUGUGGUCUCUUUCAAGGGCUGGCCCGCCGUGGCCCAGAGCUGGCUCAUGGAGAACCACUUUUGGGAUGGGAAGAUCACAGAGGAAGAGGUCAUCAGUGGGUUUUACUUGGUGCCUGCUUGCUCAUACAAGGGUAAGAAGGACAAUGAAUGGCGGCUGUCCUUUGCCAGGAGCGAGGUGCAGCUGAAGAAGUGCAUCUCCAGCAGCCUCAUGCAGGCCUAUCAGGCCUGCAAAGCGAUCAUCAUUAAACUCCUGUCCCGGCCCAAGGCCAUCAGCCCCUAUCACCUGCGGAGCAUGAUGCUCUGGGCCUGUGACAGACUUCCUGCCAACUACUUGGCCCAAGAAGACUAUGCGGCCCACUUUUUGCUGGGCCUCAUCGAUGACCUACAACACUGUCUGGUCAACAAGAUGUGCCCCAAUUAUUUCAUCCCUCAGUGCAACAUGCUGGAGCACCUGUCGGAGGAGACGGUCAUUCUGCACGCACGGAAGCUCUCGUCCGUCCGCUCGGACCCGGCCGAGCACUUGCGCACGGCCAUUGAGCACGUCAAGGCCGCCAACCGGCUGACGCUGGAGCUCCAGAGGCGGGGGAGCACCACCAGCAUCCCCUCCCCGCAGUCCGAAGGCGGGGACCCCAACCAGCCCGAUGACCGUUUGGCUAAAAAACUGCAGCAGCUGGUGACUGAGAACCCGGGGAAAUCCAUCUCUGUCUUUAUUAACCCUGAUGAUGUCACAAGGCCCCAUUUCAGAAUUGAUGAUAAAUUUUUCUGAGCA